UAUUCUAAAAAUUAAAUAAAAAAUAUAAAAUUCCUCAUGUCCUUUUAUAGCUAUUUCGUAAAUGUUUUUUUGUAAUGAAACCUACAAAGUAAAUAUGAUUUCGUGUUUUUCAAUGGUACUUAAUGUUUAUUUUACUAUUAGUCCAUCAAAGUUUUCUUUAAUCUUAUUAUUUGCUACCUUAAGUAAAAAAACGCAUCUUAAGAACCAUGGAAAAAUAUGAGCUGUGAAAUUUAACAUGUUUUCCAAUUGGUUUGAGCUUAUAGCAUAAUAAACAAUACUCCUCCUACCAUUUAAGCGUUAAUCAGCGUAGCAAAAAAAACAUCAAUUGUUAUCUGUACCGCUGUUGAGCAAACAGUAUAUAAAAACAGAACUUCUGUUCAUAUACAGUCAGUGUAGGUCCGACAGUCAAGGAAGCUCACUUGUGGUUGUGAGAAGGAUAAGCAUUACUUAAACGAGGAAAAAUGGUAGUUCAUAUCAUUUUCGCAAUUCUACUUGCAUGCGUUAGCAGAGGUAGUGCAAGUCCAAUAGAUCAUCCGAUAUCUCCCUUCGCUGCUAACUACAUUGUCGAUGGAUCGGAUGCAGAGGAGAAUGCGGCACCGUAUCAGGUUUCACUGCAGAUUGAUGGUAACAGCACAUGCAGUGGAUCGAUAGUCGGUGAUCGCUGGAUAUUGACAGCAGAGCACUGUGUGCCAUUGUUACAAUUUUUCUCCGAACGAUCUAAUAACACUCGUGUUGUAGCAGGCACAAAUGAUUUGAAAAAGGGCGGCACACCGUAUUUUAUAGAUCGCUUUUUUAACUACGACAAUUGCUCAACGAUGCUAGUGCAUACAUUUAUGUUUAAUUCAACGCCUAAUGAUAUCGCGUUAAUACGUUUAACAACGCCGUUGAAAUUCAACGAGCGGGUAAAAAAGAUUGAAUUCACGACAGAAACUGUGCCGGAAAAUGCUACACUUACACUGACAGGAUGGGGACAAAUGAGAAAUGGGACGAGUCCUGCUAAGCUGCAAACCAUCAAUGCGCCCUCCAUAGGGAUUGAUCAUUGUCGGGCUAUUUAUAAUGAAACGUAUCUUAAUGACGGCACAAUUUGUAGUUUAUCAAAACGGGGCGAAGGAGCAUGUAUGGGAGAUUCUGGUGGCCCUGUGACAUGGAAAGGAAAACUGGUCGGUAUAUUCAAAGCAGUACACAACAAAGGGUGCGGUGAGGGAUUUCCAGAUAUCCACACAAGUGUUGCCUACUACUACAAAUGGAUAAAGGAUACUAUUGCCAACAAUAGCGUUUAAAAAUAGGAAUUGAACCGAUCAGAAGCAAGGUUUUAAAUAUAUUUUAAAAAGUGAUGAA